AUGGCGGGAAGACGGAGGCACGACGACAACCCGUUCGAGGAGGGCGACGGAGACGUCGUCGUCAACCCCUUCUCGCAUCCACGCCCAACUCCGCUCCCUCCUGAACCAGCUGGUUUCUACAAUGAUAUUGGUGCAUCUGUAGAUAUCCCACUUGAUAACAAAAAGGACCUCAAGAAAAAGGAGAGGGAACUUAUGGCUAAAAAGGCGGAGCUAAACAGGAGGGAACAGGAAAUAAAAAGAAGGGAAGAAGCUCUUGCGAGAGCUGGAGUUUUAAUAGAGUCCAAAAACUGGCCACCAUUCUUCCCCAUCAUUCAUGUUGACAUUUCAAAUGAUAUACCCGUGCACUUGCAGCGAGUACAGUAUGUCUCUUUUGCAUCACUCCUAGGGUUGGUCAUAUGCCUCUUCUGGAACAUUUUAUGCGUAACUGCUGCUUGGAUUACAGGGCAUGAUCCUAGGAUCUGGUUUCUGGCAGUCAUAUACUUCAUUACUGGAUGCCCAGGUGCCUACUUUUUAUGGUACCGACCUCUUUAUCGUGCCAUGAGGAAGGAUAGUGCGUUCAGCUAUGGAUGGUUCUUCCUAUUCUACUUUUUUCACAUUGCCUUCUGCAUAUACGCCGCUGUUUCUCCGCCAUUCUUUUAUGUGGGAAGAUCAUUGGCCGGAAUUUUUCAAUCGAUCAGCGAGAUAGGAGAGAAUGCUGGUGUUGGGAUAAUGUACUUCAUGGGAUUCGCGUUGUUUGUGCUGGAGGCACUGCUGAGCAUCUGGGUUUUCCAGAAAGUGUACUGGUUCUUCCGCGGGAAAGGCAGUGAGGCGCAGAUGAGGCCUGACGCCGCGUCUCGUGCGCCACCGUUCUGA